AUGCACCGUGCGUUCUCGUUCCCAGUGACUGUGGAGCGCAGUCGGACCAAGGACCGCCUGGAGGCAAGUCUGGCCGGGCUAUGUGAGCUGGAGCUCCGCAAGCAGAGGCAGGAGUGCCUGGUCCUGGGGGCGCUGGCUCUGGGAGACCCUCUGCCCCAGAGCAGCUCCAGAUGCGAGCUGUCGUGUUUUAGCAGCUGGGGGCAGGAAAACUUGACAUUGAGACGUCAGCUGAGCGCCCUCCAGAACUCCCCCUGGGGGCUGAUGCAGGCGCUGGAGCAGCAGGUGGGAGAGCUAAGGAUAGACACUGACGAUGGCUGCUAUGACGGAGCCCAAGGGGACACCGGGGACAGUCGACCAAGCUCUGGCUUCUAUGAGUCAAGUGAGGGCCAGUCUCCAAAAGGAAGGUCUUGUUCCACUGAGCCCACAGAGACUGUCUCUUCUUGGACCUUUACCAGCGACAGGCCAAAGUCUCUGGGAGACCCUCUCAUGCUGAAUGGAGACCUAGAUGCACCAGUUCCACGCAGCACUCUGCCGCGCUCCUUUUCUGCCCCCUAUCCCCCUUUGGAGGGCAUUGCUGAGGAGGGUUCAGCGAUGGAGUCCUGGCAGUUGGAGCCCAGUGGAGCCACCCAGUCCUGGCACCAGCAGGCUGCAGAGGAUCUGGUCACUGAGCAGGAUUACCAGCAGGCCCUGAGGGUAGAGGCUUAUAUCCUAGGUCUUAUCCAGCGCCAUACCCUUUCACCUCGACCAUGUCAGCCACGCACCAGCCUGAACCCCGACCCCCCAUAUUGCAGUACCUCAGGACAGAGCACUCUACACAGGAAAACGCCCUCUCACACCACAGAGCACCGCCUUCCUGACCCCUGUGUUGGGCCCCGAGUUGACCUCUCACCAAACCCUGAGUGCCAAGGCUGGGGUUGUGACCUGUUAGAGGGGGAGGCUUGUGGAGGAGAGGCCCCAUCUUUGGAGGAGGACUGCUAUCUGGCUCUGCCCUACCCCCACACCAGGCCACACUCCCUGGCUGGAGGGCUACCACAACCUUUGCCCUCACUGGACCCCAACUGUGGUGCUGGGGCUCCUGACCUUUGUUGUGAACCCCAGUCCCCCCAGCACUAUCGACUCCCAUACUCCCCUGCUCAUCACAACCACAAUCUAGUCAGUGCUCAGUAUAUCCCUGGCCAAGGCUGCCAUGCCCCUGUGCGGUCCCCAAGACAUUAUACCCCAGAGCAACCCAAACCGAAUCCAUCUAUCACCUCUCCUGACCGGCCCAACUCCAAAUCAAGAGCCUCUAAGAAGAAUCACGAUGAGCGACAGAGUUCCAAGAGAUCAAACAGCAAGACAAGCCGAUCCCAGUCAGAGAAUAGCCUUCUGGGCCAGCGAGGGCUCCCUGAGCGCAGGUACAGUACCACUGAGAGGCCCCAAGGCCGCAGGGACCAGGUUCAGAACCAAGUCCAAGUCACUGGGGUCCAGGUUGGCAGUAGCGGCAAAAACGGGACCCGACGCUGGUGCUCCAACCUGGAGCUCAGCCAGGACGAAGGGGAAACCCAGGUUGGGCGAGUGCAUAGACGACCACCUCGAAGGGCUCGUCAUGGUCAUCCUUGUCUCCACUCCCAACCCCAAACUUACCAUCACCACCACACUCAACCUCGGCACACAGACUUUACGGAGAGAGCGCCUCUUUGUCAGGGAGAAGAAGGGUAUGCUAGAGUUGCUCCUGCAGAGUCCGAGUCCAGCAUGAGCGAGGUAUACUCCCCAGCCUCUAGCUCUCUGUCCAGUGACUCUGAUGAAAGCGGAGGGCUGGUGUGGCCCCAGCAGCUGCCACCACGCCUGGCUUCUUCCUCAUCCUCAUCCUCCCCCUCACCACAGGCCUCUGCCAACACCUCCUCACAACCCAAGGCCUUUGUCAAGAUCAAAGCCUCCCAUGCUCUCAAAAAGAAGAUACUCAGAUUCCGCUCAGGGUCCCUCAAAGUCAUGACCACCGUAUGAGAAGGUGGUCAAAAUUCUUUCAAAAGUUUAACUUUUCCUGCAGUAUUGUAUUCUCUCAGCAUUGUGCUCACUCUGAUGACCAGUUCUGUUCUUGUACUCUACCUACCUCUGCUUAUUUUUUUAGUGACAGUAAUUGGUGGCCAUAAUUAAAGGUCUGCUAGAGAUCGUAUGUCAGUGUUAUGUUGAAUAUUAUCUCCUAGCUCAUAACCAGCCAAUGCUUCACUAAUGGGAAUUAUUCUGGUCUAACAGAUACACUGCCAUAAUGAAUUACAAUGUGUAGAUAUGCAUGACCCAUUUUGUUGGGUAAAGUUAGCUAGCUGGCCAUGCCAUGAGACUGUUGUUUUGUUUGAUGGCAUUACAGUCAUCAGUUCUUAAUAUUUUAUAAGUGAACAGCAAAGACCGUUCAAUGUGUAAAGACUGAUAUAUGGCAAACAAUAUGACAGGUUAGCAGGAUACAAAUACACAUUUAGAUUAUGCACACCAUCACUCUUAAAAUUCAUGGAUUGAUUGAGAAUCUAGAAGCAGGGAAAGAGGGCCUAGUGAUUUUUCUCAUUUCAUUUUGCUUAGUUUUGUCUCUCCAGGUAAAUCAACAGAUAUAUAGAAGUGAAUCAUCCACUACCUCUCUUCGUUUGCCAGCUGCUCUCCUCUUUUUUGACCAUGAUCAGGAACCAGUGACCUCAGCUGAACUGUUAGUGUGUCAUCUUAAGGGAUGAAUGGGUCUUAGAGGCCAGGAGCCAAUAUACAUGCAUGCAUGCACAUAUGCACAUACCCACAGAAACACAGAGACACAGACUUACUCAUACCUGUAAAAAUGUAAAUAUCAUCCUGUGGCCUUGUUUGGAAUGAAUGUAGUUUGUAAAUAAAGAUCCUUUGCUCUUGAA